GGUCAGUUUCUUUCAAUACCUAACAUGGAAACACAAUACACACUGUACAGGUAGGUGUUCAUGUCUCGGGAGACUCUACAAUGAAUGAAAACAAGAUGUGGUCGUAGCGCCUCCUGCUGUUCUAGAAGCCCCACUAAUUAUGGCCUAGGCCAAGGGAGCCCUACCACAUUAGCCAUGGUUCAUCCAACUGCUUGAUUCGACGUCCACUGAACAACAAAGCUCACCAAAACAUUCCGGAUGGCCGCAGCAACACAGCAGCUUCCCGCCUACUUCACCAGCUACACAGCAGCAUAGGUUCGAGCCUCUUGCAUCAACAGCCUCUGGUCGCCCCUGGGCGCCAAUGAUGCUUCCGGUCCAGCGAUAGCCCCUCCGAUUCACCCCAAGCGCAUGUCUGUCUCGGACAAUCGAAGUCCCAUCCCAGCUAUCCUCACUAUCGAGACAUCCCCAAAGUCACAAUGGCCGAAUCCCGUCGCGGACACCCGAACCUAUCCGUACGGCUGCCGCAGCCCGGCGCCUCGAUCGCUCUACCCGAUCUCCCUCCCGUCUCUGCUCUUUUUUUGAUCGAUUUCGACGUCAAGGCCGGCUACACCAUCGUCUGGAAACGGGCCGUUCCCGGUCUCGAGCUCGAGGGCGCUGUCGAGUACAAGAGCUUGCCGUCGGGCUUGCACACCGUCACCGACGACCUCAUCUACUUUGUCCACGAUGCCAGCCACGCCGGGCUCAGCGCGUUUAUCAACACUCCCACCGAUGAGGAGGAAACACGUCAUGCGCGCAUGAUUGCUGUGGGUGUCUUGGUGCCGCUAAGCUAUGGCCGUCUGGGGAGGGCAUGGCGCCAUGCCGAGGGGUUGAAGGAGAUGGCCAGCAAGCUGGUUCAGGAUUGCAAGCAGACGCAAAUACUGGAGGGGUACUGGGAGAGAAACGGCGCGCGCGAGACGUCGGCGCCGCAGCCAUUGAAGGAUGAACCUCUGGCCUCCCCCGCGCUUAGCUUUAGGGCUGUCCGUCCGCCGCUGGGGAGAGGCCAUACUAGGAAUAGGUCUGCUUCGGAUGGCACCGCCCUGAUACCUCCCGGACACAGGCUGUCGCCUUAUCAUCCGGCGUGGAGUUUGACGUCGUUGCUGGAUACGUUUGGGCCGCUGAUCUUUCCGGUUCAUCGCGCCGCCCUGUUGCGCAAGCGCAUCUUGAUUUCUUGCCAUGCACCGGUGCAUGAAGUUUGCAAUUUUGUGUAUGCUAUUUCUGUCUUGUCCAAUAUUCCCCUGUCCGUCUGCGACGUGAUAGACCCAUCAGCACCUGUACAGCGUUUACGACCUCUUUUUACCAUCGGUGUGCAUGAUAUCUCAUAUCUUAUGGAACACCAGGCCGCUAUGAAAAAGCGCCCUAAUCAAGACGAUCAACAUUCUGAUCCCUCCGAGGACUCUACCUCGGGCUGGGUAGCCUGCACCACAGACAGCAUUCUCGCUAUGAAGGGGGAUCUCUGGGACAUGCUGAUCACCCUGCCCCCAGUCUACUCGAGCAACGCCAAGGAAAGGGCAUGGCCAACAAUCGAAUGCCCCAAGGGCGUCCCGGUAAAGGCCACCCAGCGCGACCUCCGCCGUUUCCGCACUCUCCGAGCAGGCCUGGCGCACCUCGCCGCUGCAGCAGAAGCCUCUCACUCUGGGUCACAACCCCAACCAGAGGUGCAAACCCCAGACGAAGCACCCACCCCCUCCACGCCAGCCAUCCGCCUAUCCAAACCCGCAGCUACCUCCUCCUCCUACUCGAGACCAGGGACAUCAAGUGGCAGCCGCCCCCGCCAAGCAAUGAUCAUAUCCGACGAAGACGCCGACCAAAUCGUCGAACCAACCACCUGGGCUGCGUUGGCCUACAACGGCUUCAUGUGGUGGGCUUCGGCCGGUGAAAAAAGACACUCUGAUGAAAUCGAUGAGCAAAGCCACGACGCCAGUCUGCUUGCUGAUUUGGGGCCGCCCAUGUCGCCUUCCAUGACUGCCGUGCCGCAACGGAGGCCGAGUUUUGGGACGGCGGUUUCGGGGACAAUGAUUGAUAGUUUGUCGUCCUUGACAGCAAGAAAACCGGGGGAGGACGCGGAGGAGGAUGAUGAGAAGGCGGGGGUAGAGCUGGCGAUUAUUGCGUAUUUCCACAGGUUGACGACGGGGAUUUUGAGGGUGUUGGCCGAGAUUGUGGACUCGGGGGAUGAUGAUGAUUUGAUGAGUCUGGAUUUGGAUUAUGGGGAGACACCUGGGGGUGGGGGUGGCGGAAGGGAAGGGGAGGGGGAGGAUGAAAGUGGACGGUUGCUUGGGGGUGAGAGUGAUGAUUAUCAGGAAGAGGGGUAUGAAGGGAGGGGAGGGGGGUGGGUGAGGGUGGAUAGCGAUGCGCUUGCGCAGAUGGGGUUGGAUGUGUGGAGUCUGGGUGAUGCUGAGUUUGUCAGGGAGGUGGUGGGGAGGUAUUUUGAGGGGAAGAGGGCGGCGGUGGUGACGAAGGGGGUGGAGGUUUGUGGGGUUAAGGUUUGUUGA